AUGUCGACAGACAAUCCUACAUUUCGACCAUCAGAACGAGAUGCGAAAGGGACGACUCGGAUACCGGGUCAUCCCGAUGACCCUUCAAGCAUUCUUGACACGAUCGAUCGCGCUCCAACAGCCGCGACCAGGCUGUUAGAAGAAAUGGUCGAGUCGCAGCACAAAUCCAUUCGUUCUCUUCAAGCAGACCUCAACGCACACUCUGCUGCUCGAACAGUUACAAAACCUGAGUCAAGCUCAACAUCAAGCACUGCACCUCCGACAUCCGCUGAAGAUGCUCUGCCGUUUCGGAAUCUAAAAGAGUUAAAUCGUCAUCGUCGCGCAAUGCAGAGAGCCGCUCGUCAAGGAACACAUUUAUCACAUACAUACGAUCCAUCCACAAUUCUUCGCCGGCCUCCCACAGUGGAGGAUCUCACUCUGCCUAUGUUGCUUGCCAAUCAGACCCAUCUCGGUCAUCAUACGUCGCUCUGGAACCCCUCGAAUAGUGGCUACAUAUUUGGCAUAAGAGACGGUAUUCACAUCAUCUCAUUAGAUAUUACUUACGCAUACCUGAAGCGUGCGGCAAAAGUGGUCCAAGCGGUGGCAGAACGAGGCGGGAUCAUCCUCUUCAUCGGGACGCGCAAGGGCAUGGAGGAUAUAAUUGUCAACUCUGCAAGAUUGGCGGAAGGUUACCACAUCUUCCACCGAUGGGUCCCGGGUGCUCUAACGAAUGGGCAGCAAAUCCUUGGAGAUUGUGGCGUCAAAGUGGUCGACAUUCACGACAAUGAAAUACCUCAAUACGACGAUAUCUUGUCGAGAGGCUACCAUCAGGUCAUGCGCCCAGAUCUCGUGAUCUGCAUGAACCCGAUCGAGAAUCAAGUUUGCCUGCACGAAUGUGGGAUAUUCAAUGUACCUACCAUCGGAGUCAUUGACACAGAUGCGAACCCGACCUGGGUAACCUAUCCGAUACCGGCAAACGAUGAUUCCCUCCGAUCCAUUUCUCUCAUCGGUGGUGUGCUGGGCAACGCAGGCAAGGAAGGGCAAAGAUUGAGGAAACUGAGGGCGGCAACGGCAGGAAAGGCCACGUAUGACACGAGCGUGCUGCAGGAUAGACUGGUUGCUCUGGAGGAAAUGGCCGCCUUGGAUGUGCAGAGAGGCGAUGGUGAGAGUGCUGAUGCAAACUGA